CCUCUGGUUUUAACAAGGGUCACAUGAUGCUUCUUGUCCUCCAGGCAGCUCUGGAGGCUCUGGAUGACCUCAACCUCUUCGGCGCAAAAGGAGGACCUGGAUCUGUCGUGCACGCUUUGGCUGACGACAUACAGCACUGCCAGUCCAUCCUGACGUCCAUGUUACCGCGAGCGUCCAUCUCUAAAGAGGUGGACGCCGGAGUCCUGGCCAUCAUCUCGUACCCCGCCUUCGCUGUUGAUGACAUCAGCAUAGUCAACAUGACCAAGGAGGAGAUCAUCUCUAAACUCCAGGGUCGAUACGGCUGCUGCAGGUUCCUCAGAGACGGACACAAAACACCUAAAGAGGAUCCAAACCGUCUGUAUUACGAGUCUGCAGAACUGAAGCUGUUUGAAAACAUCGAGUGCGAGUGGCCGCUGUUCUGGACCUACCUCAUACUGGACGGCAUCUUUAUCAACAGCCCUGAGCAGGUGCAGGAGUACCAGGAGGCUCUGGAGGGCAUCCUGAUCAAACAGAAGGACGGGAUGCGGCUGCUGCCCGAGCUCUACAGCGUCCCUCCUGAUAAGGUGGAGGAGGAGUAUCUGAACCCGCACUCUGUGGAGAGAGUGCCGAUGGGUAAAUGUCCUCUGAAGUGGGGACAGUCUCUGUACAUCCUGGGAAACCUUCUGUCGGAGGGAUUUCUUGCCCCCGGAGAGAUCGACCCUCUUAACCGACGUUUCUCCACCAUCCCCAAGCCGGAUGUGGUGGUGCAGGUGUCCAUUCUGGCUGAGACUGAGGAGAUUAAAGAGCUGCUGCUGAAGAACGGUAUAACUGUGGAGACGGUCGCCGACCUCCAUCCCAUCCACGUGCAGCCGUCCAGAGUCCUGAGCCACAUCUACGCCAGACUGGGUCGUAACCCGAGGCUGGGUCUGACGGGACGACCCUACAGGAGGAUAGGAGUUCUGGGAACCUCCAAAUUCUACACCAUCAGAAACACCAUCUUCUCAUUCACGCCUCAGUUCAUCGACCACCAGCAGUUCUACAUGGCGUUGGACAACAAAAUGAUUGUGGAGAUGUUGAGGACGGAAAUUUCCUACCUCGCAUCCAGAUGGAGGAUGACCGGACGACCCACCGUCACUUUUCCCAUUUCACAGACCAUGCUGACUGAAGACCACACAAACCUGGACCCUGCAGUCGUGGCUACACUGAAGAAGCUGCAGGACGGAUAUUAUGGAGGAGCAAGGAUCCAGACGGGGAAGCUGUCGGAGUUCUUGACCACUUCCUGUUUCGCUCACCUGAGCUUCCUGGACGGUAAGGGUUCUGGCAGCAUGAGCCGCAACGACGAACAGAAUGAUGAUGAUGAUGAUGAGGGUGACAGCGAUGGAUACGUGCAUGAGUUACGCUAUGAUGAUGAGGCGGACGACCUCGCCCAGUACCUGGACCACCUGUUGGCUCACUCCACCCCCAAGAAGCCCACGCGGGCGGUGGGAGCUUUGGGGAAGUUCAAGGCUCUGGCCACCAAAACUAAGGAGAUGGUGUCUCUGAUGAACAAGGCUCAGGAGCUCAACGUGCACAAUGUCAACAUGUACCUGCCGAACAAGCUGUUUCGCUCUCCUCAGCCUUCCCUCAACCUGAACCUCCCAGACUCGUCUGCACCGCAAGAAGCUCAGGCUCUGGAGGCAAAGGUCUCAACAGAGGGCGGUAUUCCCAAAGAUGCCAGCGGAGGCGUCGACCACAACGCUUUGGUGCAGCUGCUAAAAGACACGCAAAGCCUCCAGGACCAGGCGGAUAUACUCUACAUCCUCUUCAAAGACAAGGGCAUGGAGUGGGACACGCAGCUGCACGGUAAAGGCUCCACCGUGAGGUCUCUGCUGUCUCACCUUUAUGAAAAGGCAGGCGACCUCAAACACUGGGGCCUCAUCAGGAUGAUCUCUGGCAUGCUGAAGAAGAAGGUGGAGGAGCUUGACUCGGCCUGCUCUGAUUUGCUGGCGCAUCAGAAACACCUGACAGUGGGUCUGCCUCCGGAGCCGAGAGAGAAGACCAUCACUGCUCCCAUACCGCCAGACCAGCUGGCCGCUCUCAUCGACGAGGCCAGCGACAACAACAUCAGCGUAGCUAUACUCACUCAGGAGAUCAUGGUGUACCUGGCGAUGAGCAUCAGGACUCAGCCCAGUCUGUUCAGCGAGAUGUUCAGGCUCCGUAUCGGCCUCAUCAUCCAGGUCAUGGCCACCGAACUGGCCCAGUCACUCAACUGCUCAGGAGAGGAGGCUACAGAGAGUCUGAUGAGUCUCGCUCCAUCAGAGCUGAAGAAUCUCCUCCACCACAUCCUCAGCGGGAAAGAGUUUGGAGUGCAGCGCAGCGUUCGAGAGCUGGAUGCCGGCGUCAGUCCUGCCAUCUCCAUCCAUCACCUGGGCAACGUGGGCGCCACCAAGAGCGAGAGAGCCGGCAUCAGCAAACUGAAGAGCGACAUGAAGAUGGCGGAGCACAGGUUGUCCUUGACGGAACCAUUUAAGCUCGACAAGUCACUGAGCUACCCUCGCCAGGGCAUGCGAUCUCAGUCGCUGGACAUCGAGAACUUUGAAUCCGGGAGGUACAGGCUGCCGUCCAUAGAGUCUCUGGACAUGUCUCCGGAAUGCAGUCCGGUUGCCAAGGAUACCCGACAUGGCCAAUGGCUGCGCAGGAGGCGUCUGGACGGAGCGCUGAACCGAGUCCCUGUGGGCUUCUACCAGAAGGUCUGGAAGAUCCUGCAGAAGUGCCACGGUUUGUCCAUAGAAGGGUUUGUCCUUCCUUCUUCAACCACCAGGGAGAUGACACCUGGAGAGAUCAAAUUCUCCGUCCACGUGGAGACUGUUUUGAACCGCGUCCCUCAGCCGGAGUACCGACAGCUGCUGGUGGAGGCCAUCCUGGUGCUCACCAUGCUGGCCGACGUGGAGAUCCCGAGCAUCGGCUCCAUCAUCAACGUGGAGAAGAUCGUCCACCUGGCCAACGACAUGUUCUACAAGGAUCAGAGGGACCUGGGAGCAGAGGAGCACAUCCUGGAGCGGGACCCGUCCACCGGCGUGUGCCGUCUGCUGUACGAUAGCGCCCCCAGUGGACGAUUUGGGAGCAUGACCUACCUCACCAAGGCCGUGGCGGUGUACGUGCAGGACUUCCUGCCUAGCGGGUCGUGUGCGGUGCAGUGAGAGAGGAGGACUCGUGCAACCAGAGCAGCGGUGAAACCACUCGAUAGGAAGUUAAUUUAAAAGCUAAACGUUGCAACAUGUUUCACAUUAAAACAACAAUAACUCAACAGUGCAUUAAUAGAAUCUGUUGUAUAUUGUGUAUAUGUGUUCGUGCAGAGUGUAAUAAUAGGUGAGAGGUUUUAUUUAUAGGCUUACAUGAAUUGUGAAAUAUGUUUUUAGAUACAAACGUUGCGUGCUGAAGGCGUCGACACAGGUUCACCAUGCAAAGUCUUUACAGCGAUUUAACCUCAGAAACAAACAUUGUGUAACUACUGUUGACUUUAAAGUCAGAAUAAUUAUUUUAAUUGAUACUAUUUUAUUACCCCACGUGUAACUUUACCUCCAAUCCUACAUGCUGUAUAAAUAAUGACAAAUUUGAAUAGUCUAAUAUUUAUUUUAAAUGAUCAUUAAAGGACACAGGUGUUUUGGGGAGAUUUCUUAAAUGCCUUAACGUUGUUGUACUAGUGAAACUAGAGGAGUGCCGUUUUAUUUGUAUCUAUGCAAAACAACCGAUUUAGAGAUUAUGUAGUAAAACCACCUUGUUUUUUAACACAUAAAGAACUUUUAUUGUGGAAAUUGAAGCGUUUUCAGCGUACACUUACAUUUGAAUGCAGUGAUUUCUAAGCUUAAUAUGUGCAAUUCAGAUUUCUGUCCUUAAUUUACUGCCUUUAUCAGCUAAACUAUCAUUUCAUUAUUUUGGUUUAAUUGCAGUAAAACUAAAGGUCAUUUACUCGUAUUUUAUAUUUUAUGGACACAUGUUACCUUUCACCGUUUGCUGCACAAAAGUACAUUGUGGGAAAUAUAAAGCCUCUCGGUUAAUUGUAAGAUAACCGACUGAGAAGAUGAGUUAUGUUGUGUGUUGUGUCACUUCUCUACUUAAUAUAUUAAAGUCUGAAAAGAGAUGAAGCGUUACUAGAUAACAGAAUACACUGAACUACUUUUUGGAUGUUUUUCUUGUUUUUGAAACUAAUUCUGUAAUAAAACUGAGGAAACAAA